AUGGCUUCUAACCCCCAGCCUGGUCCUGAGACCAUGGUCACCCUCAAGGUGACUUUUGAGAACACCACUCGCCGAGUCAAGAUGCCACUCCGUGAGAUGACGCCUCACGUUCUUGAAAACAACAUCCGAACCUUCCUUCGCAUCGCCCCCGAGGCCCAGAUGAUCGUUGAGCGCUACUCAGACUCCGCCAGUGCUUUUGUUGUUCUCGACUCGAGUAAUAUGCCAGUCUACAAGCAGCUGUACAGAGCCGCAAAAGCCAAGUCAAAGCUGAAGCUGCGUGUUUCGGUUAUCCAGCCACCACCAAAGACUGCACCAAGGCCCGCCACAGUGGAAGAUGCGCCAGAGGCCUCAGCAGCAGAGACCUACGAGUCCACUGAGAAGAUAACUCCCACUGAGAGCGACGCAUCUCAGUCAACAUCAGACUCGGCCACAGAGAUGCCGACGCCAUCUACGGUUCCCUCUUCGAUUACCCUUCUCUCGGGUGUCGAACUGCCCCUGCGACCUGCGUCGCCUGCCCGGCCUGCGGCGGUCGACACCACCACGGUCGAGGAGACGACUGAAACCCCUGUCCCUGAGUCACAGCCGGCAAACUUCGCUCAAUCUGCUCCUUUUGACCCUCAAACAGUAUACUCGUCGUUCCAAGAGUACUGUGACCCAGCUCUAGCCCUGGCUUCGGCUCCGGCUCCGGCCCCAGCCCCAGCCCCAGAGUCGUCUCUUAUCAUUACUCCCGCUCCGUUUGCUGUCUGCUGCAACAACUGCGAAAAGACAGUUGCGGAUGUCCACUAUCACUGCCAGACUUGUGAUGAUGGCGAUUUCGAUCUUUGCCAGGCCUGUGUUGAUCUGGCAGUCAGCUGCUAUGAUGAGAACCACUGGCUGAUUAAGCGGACCAUGAUUGACGGUCAGCUCGUCGCUAGCAGCACCGAGAAGAUUGAGCCCAAGGCCCAGGCCAAGAAGCAGGAGGAAAUCCCCAUUCAAGAGGAAUCAAUUCCUGCCCCCGAGAGAGAGGAGUUUGCCGUUGAGACCACUCACAUUGAGAAUGCUCCAGUGCCAUCUAUUUGCAUGCCAAUUGUUGCUGAGCCUCUGAGAACCAUUGAUGUGGCUCCCGCAUUCUCUCCAAGAGUUCCAUUCAUUGAUCCUGUAGGUGCCCGAUGGUCCUGCUUGGGCAACAUGCGAACAUGCAACUGCUGUGUUCAAGAACUUCCCGAGGCCGAGUUCCUUCACUGCACCACUUGCGAGGAUUUCGAUCUCUGCCAGGGAUGUUUCGCCAAGGAUGCCCAUGGCCACCACCCCAAGCAUGCCUUUAUCCCUGCUGUUGCAGGUACCAACAUGCCACACCACAUUACCAUCAAGAUGGGAGCUGGUCGCAACCAGGCUCACCACGCUGUGUGUGAUGGCUGUGACAAGUACAUCACUGGCGUUCGCCACAAGUGCCUGGACUGCCCAGACUGGGAUUACUGCUCUGAAUGCGUUGUCAAUGCUGCCUUUGUCCACGCCAGCCACCGCUUUGCGCCCAUCUAUGAGCCUCUCGCUGAUGUUCAUUCUUACGCUUGUGCUCAGCCUGUGCACAUGGGCAUCUGCUGUGAUGGACCCCUGUGCUCCAGCAACCAGGACUAUCCCACCUACAUCAGAGGCAUUCGCUACAAGUGCGCGGUCUGCCAUGACCUUGACUUUUGCGCAAACUGCGAGGCUAGCCCUGCCAACGAGCACAACAAGACCCAUCCUCUCAUUAAGUUCAAGACGCCUGUUCGCCACGUUAGCGUCACUACUACUGGCGAGCACCAAGAUGGCAAGCGCAUGCCUCCUAUGGGCGACCGCGCCAAGAACGCCUCCAAGCCUGCAGAGACUUCGGGCGAGAGCAACUCCAUCAACACCGUGCAAACCGUUGUGGACGUGAAGCCCGAAGAGCCCAAGGUUGAGGAAGCCAAGAUGAAGGAGGAGUCCGAGUCCGAGGUCAAGGAGGAGGUCAAGGAGGAGGUCAAGGAGGAGGUCAAGGAGGAGAAGGUCGCCGAGGUUGCAGCAUCUGUUAAUGAGCAAGACCUCCGUGCCGUCUUCCUUCGCGACUCCGUAUCCGAUGGCACCAUCAUGCCUCCCAACCACGUCUUUGAGCAGACCUGGGUGCUUCGCAACGAGGGCACCACUACUUGGCCUGCUGGCUGCUCCGUCAAGUUUGUUGGCGGUGACUACAUGGGCCACGUUGAUUCCGCUCACCCCGCUGGUAUCUCAGAGCUUGUUUCAGCUUCAGAGUCAACAGUCUGCUAUGCCCCUCUCGCCCCGGGCAACGAGUUCCCCUUCACCGUGCUCCUCCGCACUCCUGCUCGCGCUGGCCAGAUCAUCUCCUACUGGCGCUUGACUACUCCUGAAGGAUUCAAGUUUGGUCACCGUCUCUGGUGCGACGUCAGUGUGCGAAUGCCCCCGCCUGAGGCUCUGCCAACGACUACGGUCGAGGAGCCCAAGAAGGAGGAGGAUGCCCAGUCUGGCAGCGUCAUGAUCUUCCCCAAGCUUGACAAGGAGUCGCCUGCCGCUAGCAUGCACGCAGAGGUUCAAAAUCAAUCUGUCGCUGCAGAGGAGAGAGCCACGGAGACCGAAUCUGUGGCCGCCAGCGGAGGAGAGUAUGAGUGGGACGGAUCGGACGACGGCUUCAUGACCGAUGAAGAGUACGAUAUCUUGGACGCUUCUGAUGAAGAGUACCUGGAGGAUCGCGAGAAGAGAAUGAGAAAGUAA